CCGGUUCACACCUCUUGAGUAAAAGGUCUGACUGUUGCUUGAGGUCCCAGAUAAUACUGGAGCUCUUGAGUGAUGACUUUUUUGUGGAUAUCCAAUUGUGGGAUCCAGUACUUGUUCAUUGACGACAUUUCGGCUUCCUGGAUGAUUCAAGGGGACAAUGACUCCUCAAUUGCUGGUAUCGAGCUACAGAGCUGGGCAGAGGUCUCGUUAUAUAUCUCGCGCACGGAGCGCCAAAGGCCUCAAUCGGCUGACAAUGGCCUAUUUGGCAUGUUUGCUGUCGAAGAGGGGCGUCCAGAUCGGGUCACCAAGUAUAUUGUUCAUCGUUGGGCCUACACCGCUUGAUUUACUCUGGCCACUGCAAGGGCACAUAAUUCUGCAUGUCCAUGGUAUGCUGCGUUGUAGUACUCAAGCUUUGGUCGGUUUGAAUGCUUGUUUUCUUACUGGUUCCCCCAUCUACCCUGUGCUUGAGCCACCGGAAACCUUCUUUUGCCUCACGUUUCAAACGUUUUUAUAUAUACCUACAACGAGCUGGGACGCCAAAGUGAAUCCGGGUACAGUAACUACCCCUACCGUCGCAAGCACCCCCUUUUGCGAACACGUGCAAAUUGACCCAUUAGUUGCAAAGGUUUCUGCUGCCCGAAGUCACAGUUCUGUAUCUACCUCUACUGUGUACGUUCCAACCCAGGAUUCAGCCUCUCCUUGCCCUGGGAAGGAAGGCAGCUUUGCUGCCGCCCCGAACACUAGAGGGAGUAUAAAUUACUACCCUAAACCACGUUUUUGUCUCACUGAGGGGCCUGCAGCCCUAUAUGGUCGGCUGUCCGAUGAAUCGUGGUUCCAGGCCGAACACCAGGCAUCUUCUCCAGCUUGGCCUUUACCCCUUAUGCUUACCAGCUGAGAGCAUGUUUGCUUCGUGAUAUCGCACGAGGUACACGUUCGAUUCUUCGAAACCACUGGUGUGGCAACCUGAGCUGUAAAAGACGACGGCUGACGCACAGCGACGUUUUUGGUUACUAUUCGAACCCAUCUUCUUCGCAGCGGUAACUAGCGCGAACGCACUUAUCUUGCACA